AUGGGGAGGGGAGAAGGCGGCGGCGGCGGCGACUCCGCCGCCGUCUACUCGUCCAUAGCUCUCCUGCAGGAGAGGUUCAGGCGGCUGCAGAGGGUCCGGGAGAUGAGGGAAGAGAGGGAGCUCUUGAGGGCCUACCCGGGCACGGUGGCGCACAGCUGCGAGCAGCAGCGUGCCAUGUGGUUCGUCCGCCCCGCGCCGCCGCCUAGGAGCUUCCGGCCGGAGACCGCCAGGAAGCACGCCGAGCUCACCGCCUGCGCCAUCCGCUGCCCCAAUGGGCCCGACGAGAUGGACGCCGUCGACACCUCUCUUCACCUGUAA